UGGGCAGACCGUUACACGCAGCGCGCGGCGAAGCAGGGCUUAGUGUCAGCUGCUCCUGCACGUUGUUGCACUUGGAAAUGGAAGCCAGGAGAGCACAGAUUCGAAAACGCGUGCGCUGCGAGAGCACAGCUUUGUAACGUCGUGGAAAUGGCUCAACUGUCGAGCGGGCUUACCCAGAAUCCCCUGGAAAAGAUCUGGGUUCCAUGGAUGAGCAGUAAACUGAAAAGGAGAAGAGGGUCCUCCGUGCCGCAGUUCACAAACUCCCCCACGAUGAUCGUGUUGGUGGGGCUCCCAGCCAGAGGAAAGACGUACAUCUCCAAAAAGCUCACCCGUUACCUCAACUGGAUCGGAGUCCCCACUAAAGUGUUCAACGUCGGUCAGUACCGCAGGGAAGCUGUUCGAUCGUACUCGAAUUUUGAGUUCUUUCGUCCAGACAACGAAGAAGCCAUGAAAAUUCGCAAAGCUUGUGCUCUUUCCGCGCUGAAGGAUGUGUCUGCCUACUUCACUCAAGAUCAUGGGCAAGUCGCAGUGUUCGACGCCACAAACACAACCCGAGAGCGGAGAGAGGUCAUCCUGUCUUUUGCUAAAGAGUACGGGUACAAAGUGUUUUUUGUGGAGUCUAUUUGUGACGAUCCUGAGAUCAUUGCUGAAAAUAUCAAGCAGGUGAAACUCAGCAGCCCCGACUACGUUAACUGCGACAAAGACGAGGCAGUGGCCGACUUCCUGAAGAGGAUCGAGUGUUACAAGGUCACCUAUGUGCCCCUGGACGAUGACUGUGACCGAAACCUGUCCUACAUCAAGAUCUUUAAUGUGGGAAGCAGGUACUUGGUGAACCGCGUGCAGGACCACAUUCAGAGCAGGAUUGUGUACUACCUGAUGAACAUCCACGUCACACCGCGCACCAUCUACCUGUGUCGCCACGGCGAGAGUGACCUGAACCUUCUCGGCCGGAUCGGGGGGGACUCGGGCCUCUCGUCUCGUGGAAACAAGUUUGCUGCUGCUCUGGGGAAGUACAUUAGGAGCCAGUGUAUUCCGGACCUGAAGAUCUGGACCAGUCACAUGAAGAGGACCAUCCAGACCGCUGAGGCAGUCGGAGUUCCCUACGAGCAAUGGAAGGCACUUAACGAAAUCGAUGCGGGUGUAUGUGAGGAGAUGACAUAUGAGGAGAUUCAGGAACACUAUCCUGAAGAGUUUGCACUUCGAGACCAAGACAAGUACCGCUACCGCUACCCAAAGGGAGAGUCCUACGAAGACUUGGUGCACCGACUGGAACCCGUGAUCAUGGAGUUGGAAAGACAGGAGAACGUGCUGGUCGUGUGCCACCAGGCCGUGAUGAGAUGCCUGCUGGCCUACUUCCUAGACAAGAGCGCAGACGAGCUCCCAUACCUGAAGUGUCCUCUGCACACUGUACUGAAACUCACACCUGUAGCCUACGGCUGUAAGGUUGAGUCCGUUUUCCUGAACGUUGAGGCUGUUAACACACACAGAGACAGGCCUGUGAAUGUCAGUGUGGACAGAGACCCCAUGGACGCCCUCCUAACGGUUCCGGAUCACAGCUAGGCCGCCCUCCUAACGGUUCCGGAUCACAUCUAGAACGCCCUCCUAACGGUUCCGGAUCACAUCUAGAACGCCCACCUAACGGUUCUGGAUCACAUCUAGAACGCCCUCCUAGCGGUUCUGGAUCACAUCUAGAACGCCCUCCUAGCAGUUCCGGAUCACACCUAGAACGCCCUCCUAGCGGUUCAGGAACGCAUCUAGAAAACAAGUCCAUAAAGUAAAGACUAAAGUUUCAUCCUAACAAUCGCCACACAGAUGUUGAAUGUUGCCUCUGGAUUCCCUGGAACAGAUUGGAUGUUGGUUUGAAUUACAGAUUCAUGAUGUAAACCCUUCACAAGUUCUGGAAGGUGGCAGGUGUUAGUGAAAUGGGACAGUGAUCUGAAUGUUUCAUUAUGCUACAUCUCAAGACAAGAACAUACACCUGGAUGGUAGAUGAAUUUUGAACCAGAUGUAGAGAAGUUGAAACUGCUAGGAGUCAUCUUUGGGGAAAGUUCUUUUUUUAGUGAGAAGCUGAGACAACCGUCCAGCGAGCUGUAGAGACAGACUGUGUGUAUUUCUACUGGCUGAUUGCCGACAGUCUCCACCUCCUGUCCUGGUCGUGUCCUUGAGCUGGUGCUUCCACCGAGACCUUGUGAUGGCCUGGGUUAGGCUUAACCCUAACCUCACAUGCUGAACCUCAGCUCAAAUACAGCAUCACUGCACAAGACUAAUAUACGUUUUUAAGGAUACAUUUUCUGUUUAUUCAAACAGCAUUUGUGCAAUUGUUUUAACUUGAAGUCUGAUAAAAGAUUUCACUCAGGUUCAGAGAGCUUCAUGUGGGCUGAAUUAUUAUUGCAUGAAGUAGGUGAGAGGUUUACAUGGGUACUAGGAAUGAUUUCAUUUAAUGUUUUUGUGUAAGGUAACAAAAUUAUACAUUAUAAUCAAUGAAUUAGCAUUUAUCUACUGUGUCGAGCCAUACACGCACAUGUCUCUUGUGAACAUGACAUGUCUCGUAAACUUUGUGAAUGUACUUCUGAAGUAGAAUUAAAGGAGUUUUCAGGAUUCUCUCACAACUGGAACAUUGCAGUCUCUGUAUCAGCCUGUCUGAGGUUUGUUUCUGUUAUAAUGUAGGACGGUUUGAAAAUGUUUUCUACACGAAGCUGUUCUCUACAUCACUAUUGUAACAUCGAAACAAGACAGACCUUUGUUUCUCAGACAACCGUUGGGAGUUAUUGGGAGGUGUGUGUUUUUUUCAUAUACAUAUAUCUGUCCUUGGCGUGUUACUGUGGAAUGCAGUAGUGCACUGUGAAUGUGGAAUAACUCAUGGGGCUCAGUGACCAGAGGACGAUGCAUCUCUCUUUUUGAGUUUUUGUGUCUGGAGGUUUUUCCUUACUAUAGUCAGACAUGUGGACCCAGACUUGUGCUACUUUGGGACAACAGCUGUUGUAAAAAGCACUAUAUAAAUAAACUUUGAUUGAAUAUCUGACAUUUUGACCUCAUGGAGUGGUGAGGGCUAGGCAUAGCUUUAACAAGCUACAGUAAUCAUGUCAGUGGAAGGUCUAUGAAAAGAGUAAAAUCUAUACACCUUUUUUGAUCUUUUUUUUUUUUACCAUUUUUGGUUUUUUAUGUUACUAUGAAGCCACAGGAUAUACUCCUGUUUGGUGAUAUCUUAAAAUUGUGAUCUCUAGUUUUAAUGUUUAGACUGUUAAUGUACUUUACUAUAAUCAAACAUUACUGAUUAGAAUUACAAAUUUAUGGAGAAGGUCAUUUUAUGAAUGAUUACUUAGUCUGAGUAGAUUCACAUGUAUAAUUUGCAGGGCUAACAUACACUGUUAUUGUGAGAAAUCCUGUUCAGUAUUUUAAACCUGCAUUUCUGCUGCUUUCUGUAUAAGGCUGGAGAAUUUCGACCUGAUAUCGCCAUAUUAUCAAGCCAUUCCCCCAAACCACCUCUAGGGGCCGCCAACGUGCCGUCUUGAGCUCAACAGCCGGACCUCGCUAACAAAUCAAAAAUCACUUUACAGCUUCACUGACAUUGACACAUAAUUUUUGUUACUGUGUCAGGGGAAACAUCAAUUCAUGCCAAAACGAGUGUGGGAGUACAGUUUUAAAAACGUUUGAAAAUGGCUCCAAUAAAAUUGAACAGGAAAAUGUG